AUGAACGUAAACUCUUAUGUUAAACAUGAACGUAAAGACUUCAUCGAAACUAAACGUAAACUUUAUGUUAAACAUGAACGUAAACUCUAUGUUAAACAUGAACGUAAAGACUUCAUCAAAACUAAACGUAAACUCUAUGUCAAAACUGAACGUAACACUUGUCAAAAAAAUACUUAUGUAAACAUGAACGUAAAGACUUCAUCGAAACUAAACGUAAAACUCUAUGUUAAACAUGAACGUAAAGAUUUCAUCGAAACUAAACGUAAACUCUAUGUCAAACAUGAACGUAAAGACUUCAUCGAAACUAAACGUAAACUCUAUGUCAAACAUGAACGUAAAGACUUCAUCGAAACUAAACGUAAACUCUAUGUCAAACAUGAACGUAAACUCUAUGUUAAACAUGAACGCAAACUCUAUGUCAAACAUGAACGUAAAGACUUCAUCGAAACUAAACGUAAACUCUAUGUUAAACAUGAACGUAAAGACUUCAUCGAAACUAAACGCAAACUCUAUGUCAAACAUGAACGUAAAGACUUCAUCGAAACUAAACGUAAACUCUAUGUUAAACAUGAACGUAAAGACUUCAUCGAAACUAAAACGUAA